AUGAUACAAACCCCUGGAGGGUACUGGAACGCGCGCCCUCUCUCGACCGCGACGCCAUACAUCCACGCCCCCGACACUGCAUCCAUUGCAGCUCAACCACAACCACCUGUCAUUCCAGCAGGCAUGACUUCAGCCUCUUGCUAUCGCACACCCACGGCGACUCCAAUCGCUGGAACGACCACCCUCCCGAUGAUGGCUCCGAUGAGCAUACAGCCACAUUCAUCCCAUUCUGAUGCCAUCUUAUUGCCAUCUACGCCGGCGCUUAUGCCUGGUGUUGUCAAUUCUACCUUCACUCCAACUGCUGGAGUCGUUACAGGUGCUCCCAAAGAGGAUGAAAACAAGGACGAGGACGAAGAUGUGGACAGUGAUGAAGAGCCACCAAGGUGUAUCCCUGUAUCGACAAAGACUACCAAGAAACGGCAUUCCGCCCUGCCUUUUGUCAGCCAUGCGACCUCUAUCUCAGGUGCACUCAAGUAUUCAUAUCCAGUGACUCACAACUCUGAUACAUCGAGCCGUAUAUCCGCCGUCGAGGAGUGCUGUGGACAUUGUUUCACCAACUGCAAAUGCAGACCCCGAGCAUACGUGGCAUGCGAUUGCAAGGAAAGAAUGGAAAGGCGGUCACAUCGUGAUGAAGAAUCAAGGUCACGUCGUUCUCAUCACGACGAGCGUGAUCGAGCUUUGGAGAGAAGCAGCGAUAGUGGAAGCAGACGUGGAAGCUCCGAGCUUUCGAGGAGUAUCUACGACCCAUAUGCUAGCACCAUGCUCCCAGCUCCACCGCCCAUCCUUCAACAGGCACCUAAGCCAAAGUCCUUUUUCGACCGCUUUAGAAAGCCACCACCACCAGAGCCUACUUUGGAUGAUUGGGUUCAUAACGCAUUGAUGCACGCACCUACCAAUCCAACAAAUGCUCUUUAUCACUGUCCCAACGGCGUGGCGCUGCACCCUAUCAUCACGUACACCACACUUUCAUGCUUUGAUGUGCUCGAACCGCACUCGUUCCUUCCACCAGAUCUCGUUGCUUGCUUCACCCAUCCAGCAACCUCGCCGCCGCUGCUCAAGAUGGAACUGUUUACCAGACUCCAUUCUCCACCUUUGAUCGUAUUGCACAACUCGUCUGGUGUGACAGUCGGACAGGUCGUGGAAGGUAUCCUCUCGGCAAUGCAGACCUAUGUCUCCGGGAAGGAUGUGGGCAAGUGGAGCCGUGCGCGGUACCACAUCUUGACGCGAUGGUAUUGGGAUAAUCGAAAACGUAUGCCCAAUCUCGCUAGUAAAGAAGGAUUCCUAGUUGGCGAUACGCUCGCGGGCUACACCGUAUUCAGAGGUCUGUUGCCCGUCGUCGCAGCGAGGCAGAUGGACCAUAGCGUUGGGCAUUUACCUUCGUCCGCAUUUUUGGUAUUCUUAGAUAAGAGUUGUGUCAUUCCCGGCCUCAAGGACAUUUUCGAGUUUCCAAGGUAG